AUGCCAGGGGAGCCAAAUAGGUUUGUGGAGUCUAGCUACGAGUUUUCAUCUAAUUUUGACCGACUCCAUGCAUCGCAGCAUGCUGAUGAUGGAAUGAGCGGCGAAACCGUGCCGGUAGAGGAAGCAGAAGCGAUGGAUUCGUCCGCUGCAGAUGCGGACAUAGAUGCAGAAGCAGCAGUGAGGAUUGUUGACGGGAUAGGGUCCUUUGGCGCAAUUGAAUUUUCUUCCCUAACAGCCAAGGACGUCCUGACGACGGAGUUCACAAGCCUACAGGCAGCUUAUGACUACUACAACGAAUUCGGUCGCAUCAAGGGAUUCUCGGUCAGGAGGUCCAAGGGAAGGAGAGCGAGACGGAAAACACAUGCAGCGGGAAGACAGCGGUCACACAGAGCAGUCAAGGAAUGGGAUUUGCACCAAAUCAAUUCCAUGAGGAAAUCUGGGUUGCAGGUGCCGACGAUUUUCCGCGCGUUUACCAAUCAGUCAGGAGGAUUUGAGACUGUUGGGUUCGAGAUAAAGGACAUAUAUAAUGCGAUAGAGAAGCAAAGGCGGGUUGGCGCGACAGAUGCGGAGUCCGCGUUGAAGUUUUUGGGAACUUUAAGGACCACUGAUUCCGGUUUUGAUGCAACUUACGGUCGUAACAAAUACAAGUGCCCUUUGGUAAUAUUUUCAGGGGUGGACCAUCAUAUGAGGACGGUGGUGUUCGGCUGCGCCAUCUUGAGCAACGAGAGCAAAAGCAAGCUAUGUGUGGUUGCUGCGGUCAUUCCUUGA